UCCGGCAGCGGGGCGGGGGCGGCUGCGGCACAACGGAGGUGAACUGCGUUUAAACAGUGCCAAGCCGAACUGAACCGAGCCGGGCUGAACCGAGCUGCUCCGAGCUGUGCCGAUCCGAUCUGUACGGAGCCGACAUUGACUGCGAGGACGGCAGGAAGAAGGAGAAGAUCUCAUCAUAUCCAAGAGGCAAGUGAAACAAAAACCUGCUGUGACUUGGCCAUGCACUAACACAGAGUUCACAGAAUCAUAGAAUCGUCUGAGUUCGAAGGGAGCUUUCAGGUCAUACAGUUCAACACGCCUUCAAUGAACAGGGACAUCUAUGGCUAGGAGGUUCUGAUUUUACUGUUGCCCUGGACUUUUGCACUGGCACUGAUGGAAACUCAUCACUCCACACUGCUGGAGAGUCGAAGAUUUAAAGUCAGCCAAGCUAGAAGAACUCUUACCCUCAUUCUUACAUCUAAGAAAAUCCUUUCCAUGUUGUCAACAACUGUGAUGACCAGAGAACCCUGUCUAGCCAAAGACUGAAUUUGUAUAUCAGGAAAAAUCCCUUUACAGCUGAUGUCGAGUCUCAAGUCCUCAGAGCUUCUAUCAUGGGUCUUUCCUGGCUUGCGAUGACUUCAGCUCUGUGCUUAAGCUGACAGCUACGUUACAUUACACUGCACACAUUCAGCAGCACUCGGUCAGUCCGUCGUCUUGUGGGACACUGGAGGAAGUCAAAGAGCUUCAGCUGGAUGGAUAACUAACGGCUGGUCUUCUCCUGGCUGGUGAAGAUAAGAGGCUGGUUUAAAACCAAGGGAAUAUUUAGACUCUUCCCAAAUAUUGCCUUGUCUUUUGUUUGACGCAGGACUUGUCAUGUCUCCCUUUCUGCGUAUUGGUUUAUCCAACUAUGACAGUGGCCCUUACCUGCCAUCCCAAGGGGAGGUGAUUAACCCUUACUGUGCUGUGAUGGUUAAAGAAGCCGUGGAGUCAGAAAAUGGCCAAGUGUAUGUGCAGAAGAAACCCACCAUGUACCCACCCUGGAACAGCACUUUUGAUGCCCACAUCAAUAACGGCAGGGUCAUGCACAUCGUUGUCAAAGAUAAAAGUGCUGAAAUGGUUUCAGAGACCACGGUGGAACUCAAGGUGCUGGCGGAGAGGUGCAAAAAGAGCAAUGGGAAGACAGAAAUAUGGCUAGAACUGAAACCUCAGGGGCGAAUGCUGAUGAAUGCAAGAUACUUCCUGGAAAUCAGUGAUGCAAAGGACCUAGCUGACUGUGAGAAUGAAGCCUUUUUCUCCUUGCAUCAGCGCAGGGGAGCCAUCAAACAAGCCAAAAUCCAUAAUGUGAAGUGCCAUGAGUUCACAGCCACCUUCUUUCCACAACCUACAUUCUGCUCUGUCUGUCACGAAUUCGUGUGGGGUCUGAAUAAACAAGGCUACCAAUGCAGACAGUGUAAUGCUGCCAUUCAUAAGAAGUGCAUUGACAAAGUAAUAGCCAAGUGUACAGGAUCAGCAGUAAACAGCAGAGAAACAAUGUUCCACAAGGAGAGGUUCAAGAUUGACAUGCCUCACCGCUUCAAAGUCUACAACUACAAGAGCCCAACGUUUUGUGAUCACUGUGGCACGCUGCUCUGGGGCCUUGCACGGCAAGGGCUGAAGUGUGAUGCAUGCUGCAUGAAUGUUCAUCACAAGUGCCAGACAAAAGUAGCAAACCUUUGUGGAGUUAACCAGAAACUAAUGGCAGAAGCUCUGGCAUUGAUAGGCAGCACUCAGCAGGCUCGCUGUCAGCGUGAUUCUGAACAGAUAUCCAGGGAUGGACCUCUCGAAAUUGGGUUCCCAGUUCUAGUGAGGGAGGUGACGCCUCUUCAGGCAGUGCCAGCAUCUACAACAGGAAAAAAAGAGCCACAGGGCAUCUCCUGGGAGACUCCAGUGGAGGGCACGACAAAGAGAGAGUCUCUAAUAGAAACAGACCUGGGAGGAAAACAGCCCCUGGAGCAGCAGGAGGACCAAGUGCAACUAAAACUAACCAUUGAAGAUUUUGUCCUGCACAAGAUGUUGGGAAAGGGCAGCUUUGGCAAGGUGUUCCUUGCUGAGCUGAAGAACACUGACCAGUAUUUCGCUGUGAAAGCCCUGAAGAAGGAUGUGGUUCUUAUGGAUGAUGAUGUUGAAUGUACAAUGGUGGAGAAGAGAGUCCUCUCUUUAGCUUGGGAGCACCCGUUCCUGACUCAUGUCUUCUGUACAUUUCAAACCAAGGAAAAUCUCUUUUUUGUGAUGGAAUAUCUCAAUGGAGGAGACCUCAUGUUCCAUAUCCAGAGCUGUCAUAAAUUUGACCUUCCCAGAGCAACGUUUUAUGCUGCUGAAAUCAUAAGUGGGCUGCAGUUUCUCCAUUCAAAAGGCAUAAUAUACAGAGACCUGAAGCUAGACAACGUCCUCUUGGACAGUGAAGGGCACAUCAAAAUUGCCGACUUUGGGAUGUGUAAGGAGAACAUGUUUGGAGAUGCAAAGACAAGUACUUUCUGUGGGACUCCUGACUAUAUUGCUCCUGAGAUAUUGCUGGGGCAGAAAUACAACAGCUCCGUUGACUGGUGGUCAUUUGGUGUCCUCCUGUAUGAGAUGCUUAUUGGCCAAUCUCCUUUCCACGGCCAAGAUGAAGAGGAGCUUUUCCAGUCUAUCCGUAUGGAUAACCCAUUCUACCCUCGCUGGCUUGACAAGGAUGCAAAGGACAUUUUGGUAAAGCUUUUUGUGAGAGAACCUGAGAGAAGACUAGGAGCAAGAGGGAAUAUCCGCCAGCAUGCCUUUUUCAGGGAAAUAAACUGGGAAGCUUUAGAAGAAAGAAGGAUGGAGCCUCCUUUCAAACCAAGAGUGAAAUCUCCAAGUGACUGCAGCAACUUCGACAAGGAAUUUCUAAGUGAAAAGCCUAGACUGUCUUGUGCUGACAGGGCACUGAUUAACAGCAUGGACCAAAAUAUGUUCCGCAACUUUUCUUUUGUGAACCCUAAAAUGGAGAAUAUAUUUUCCUGAGAUCUACCUUACUGAUGGAAUUCCCCAUAUGAUUUGAGUAGCAUUUUGUCAACUGAAGACUGUGCAUGGUUAUUUUAAUCAAGAACCCACCAGAAAAAACACAUCAGUGAAACUCUGUGCCAUGCCUGAAGGCUUUCAGCUUGUUCCAGCCUGGAGCAGAUGCCAGCCAUACUUGACUAAUGAUGAAGUCUCAUCAUGGUACCUCUUGGCCUCUUUAUUUUCCCAAUAUUCUUGAAGUUUCAAACAUUUGAGAAGGAGAAGGUGCCAAAACGUUUUCCUCUGUACUUGUACACAGAAUCAAUGGGUUCCUCCAUUAGAAGCAUCAAGUACUGCUGAUGUUUUCAGUGCCUAUUUCUGCAAUUCUUACCUGGACACGGAAAAAUGAGAGUUGAGCUCAGGUCCUGAGGGCAUCUGGGAAGACUUCAGGUUGGGCACCUUUUCAGUUUCCAUUUGAACACGUGCAGAAUUGUGCCUAUGUGCACAGGAGUGCUGAAGAAGACAAUUAUAUCGCCUCAUCCCUAAAUAAGUAUCUUCGCAGGUAUUAGGAUUCCUUUUUAUGCCACGAGGUCCACUGGGAUAAAGCAAUUUUGUUGGUGCGCUUUUCAGCAUUAAUAUAUCUCAGCCAAUGUCUCAAACAUAAAAGAAGAGCAUUGCAAUUGCAAGUAUCAAUAUGAGUAUAGAAACCCAGUGGCUUUACUCUCAGUACUUGAACAGAAAAGAUGGGAGGUAGCAGUCCAGAAGAAAACAUGGAUAAUCCCUGUUCUAAAGCUUUAAUUGGCUGCAAACAUACCAGACUCAUUGCAAAGUCUGGACUGGAUAUUCUGGAGUUUUUUUCUGAAACUGAAUCAGAUAUAUGGAAGAGUUUUCCUCAAACCGUUCUUUAAACGUCAUAAAAUCAAUCUUCCGAUGUUUGCUGUAUUUCACUGGCACGUUAGUAAACAGUCCUUAUAAAGGCUGACAUACUUCCUAUUGCUCUAAAUGGUGCCCCGACACUUUCUGUUGCAGACAGAAACAUCACAGUGUGGGAUUGCACUCUAGUUGAGAGUGACCCUCUCUCCUUUUAUCCUCUAGUAGGCUGUGAAAUGUAGAGAGGCAAUAAUAAUCUCAUCCCUUCCCCAUUCAUGACAGGAUUGUUUUAAAUAAAGUUGUGCUGUUUUCAGAAGUGUGCGAAGCUCAUAAUCUGCCAACUACAGAUUUUUACACCAGUAAGUACUGCAUCAAAAUUAAGCCAAAUUCUAAAGAGAGGAUUCUUUAAGUCACCCCAGCUGGCAUUUGGCUCUAACUGGCACGUGUUAAUUUGGAGCUUUGUUGCAUGAAGAGAAGUUUUAGAAGGUGAAUCAUCUCAAAAUCAGAGGUGGUAGUGCCUUAUUGGCUCCACUGGAACAGACUGUUAACCUGGAGCUCUCAACAGGACGAAUGCAGCCUUGCAGACUGUGCAGCCACUGCUGGGAUAUUGCUGACAGUGACUGCAGGCACUGAAUCCUGCAAGGCUGGUAGUAAAGGUGCCUAACAAAGCAGAUUUCAGCCCUAUGACUUCUUGUGAAAUUCUUGUUUGUGCUGUAUAAAGUACGGGGGGGAUCCAUGCUUGCAGUUUGUGCAGUUGGUUUUCAUGUUUAAUUUGAACGGUUAAAGUGGAUUUCUGAAAUGCCAGGGCUGUUUGUACAGUUUAAUAAAACGUUGUAUACUGAUGAAAAAUGGGUGUGAAUGUGAUUAAAUGUUGGGGGGGAAAAAAUGUCUCUAUGCUUUCUGAGGGAUAUUCAGACUGUAAAUACACGGAAUCAUCAGGCAUUCGGGCAAUUGUAACUCUUGUGUGACUGCACAAGCGAUUCAAAAGCCAAAUGCAACCUUCGUUUUCUGCUGAUGCCACGAAAUACACAGCAUGGUCAAUUUG